CCCUAAACUUGGUUCAACAGCAGUGACUGUGCAGUGGUGGCUUUGAGAACAGAACAGUUUUACGACUUCGAUUAAGAUAAUCUAGGAAUCUAGUGCUUCUAUUUGAGGCAUUUUUCACAUCGACCCAUAGAAGCCACUGAAUUGUUUUUAAUACAUGCAUUUUGUUACUGAACAUCAUUGAUCUGAAAGGAGAUUUUAAAAAAUAUUUUCCAUGAUCAUCUGAUUCGAAACAGUUAGCCUAGUUCGGAGGAUAGCAGUGCAACAGUUCGAACCGUGCGUAAUUCUCUGCAUCUUACUCCAUUCCAAUCUCCAAACAGCAAGAAAUCUUCGUGAGGAAAACCUUAAACUCGGAAACCAAAGGAAGACCUAAACUGCAGGUGGCUUACGGAAAAGAUGACGGCAAUGAGAUUGAUUUCAUCGCUUUUGCUGCUGGUGUUUUUGCAGUACGGAGUUUUUGCCGCAAGAAGAUUCCGAGGUGGUCGCAACCCGCAACCACGGCGGGCACCGCCUUCUCCCACAUACCGGGACCGGGGUGACACCACGGAGAGUUUCCCUUUGGAUUUCACCGCUGUCGAAGAGAACAUGGACAACUUCAUGACGCAGGUGAAGAACCUGGCGCAGUCCCUCUACCCGUGUUCGGCGCAGAAGCUCGACUAUGAUAUGAAGCUGCACUUUUUGGAGAAUACUUCAGUCACGUGCAACGAUGGAACGCCAGCGGGGUAUUGUAUUCUAUUCUCACAGGAUGCGUGACUUUUUUUCUUUCAUACAGUCGAGGUUCCCAGAAAUAUAGCAUGUUGAAAGCACACCCAUUGGAUUUUGCUUAUCCUUAAAGUUUAAAUAUCGAUUUGUUUGUGAUUGAGAUAGGCCUACUUUAGAUUAGAAGAUCACAAAAAGGAUUUAAAAAAAACGAUUUAAAUUGUUAAUUUAAAAAAAGUGUGUUAUACAGAUGUCCAAGACAGCUGCUGUGUGUAAUGACAGGUAUAAAGCGUAAUGACAGCUAUAGAGCUUAAUGACAGCUAUAGAGCUUAAUGACAGCUAUAGAGCGAAUAUUUGCGGACUGGCACGUGCGUAAUGCGCAUAGAGCUUGAUUUCUGUGAGCAUCUUAAUCUCAUGAUGCAGGAGUGACCGAAAUUGAUCUAUUUUUCAAAUUUGGAAUCUCUCUCUAAGCAAUGCAAAUUGGAUUGGUCCAUUAUGUGGCCCUCUGUAGCUCAAUUGGUAGAGCAUGGCGAUUGUAACGCCAGGGUAGUGGGUUCGAUCCCCGGGACCACCCAUACGUAAAAAUGUAUGCACACACGACUGUAAAUCGCUUUGGAUAAAAGUGUCUGCUAAAUGGCUUAUUAUUUUUAGGUGUGCGUGACGCAUCAAAAUGGGUAUAGAGUUUUUUAUGUACAUUGUAUUUUUUAAAUGCAGAUAAUAUUGGAAAACAUACCUGUUAAUAUAAAUUAAAUCGCAAUUUUAAGGGAAAAAAUAUUUUAUUGAUCUUUAUAUUGUUUUUAUGGUCAUCCAAACCAAUGUCAAAAUUACAUAUACAAUUUCCCAUGAAGGAAUAUAGGCUAAUAUUUAUAAACUGUUAUUCACCAAUAAUAUGGUUGUGAGAUUGACACCCAUUUUCUGCAUAGAUAAGCACAGCCAUUGUGUCGCUCAUUAGCCUCAGGAUGGUAGCAUUUCUAAAAUAUAAUAAAAUAUAUAUAUAUAUUCUCCCUCUCGCUCCAAAGACAUUAAGUAGUCUGUCAUUAAGCGAAAAUCCAUUUGGCACUGGAAAAGCCUUCAUGUUUUUUUUCCAUUCAUGAGGGAUAAGCAGGCAGACUAAAAGCAUUUGUAUAUUUAACUGUGUCUGUUAUUACAACAAAGACAACCAGAGGGCAUAUACAUGGUUAAGCCAAAUGCUGAACUCAAUGGCACUACUCAACAGGUUGCAUUGGGUUAGAGCCUCCACAUCUUAGCAAAGAAGGGAACUGCUUUAAUUUUCUUGUAUAGUAUAUGACAGAUACAGUGUUAUUAGUUAAUAUAGUGUAGUAUACAUCUAGUCAUUGGUUAAUGUGGUAUAGUGUAGUAUACAUCUAGUCAUUGAAAGGCUAAUACAUACAGUAUCUAUUGAAUACUGUAUAUCUGUUUGAUUUUACUCUCGGUGUGCCAUACCCUACUUUCUAAUCCCUGUACUCUCGAUGUUCCAUACCCUACAUUCUAAUCCCCGUACUCUCGAUGUUCCAUACCCUACUUUCUAAUCCCUGUACUCUCAAUGUUCCAUACCCUACAUUCUAAUCCCUGUACUCUCGAUGUUCCAUACCCUACAUUCUAAUCCCUGUCACCUAUAUCUGUUUUAUAGGGAGCAUGCCUGUAGAUGCUCUAUUGGGAGGUUAAUGCUAUUCUAACCCACUGCAAUGAUGAGGGAUCCAUUUAAUAAGGUCAGAGUGUAAUACACUGCAAUGGAGCACUAGCAUGAUGCAAGUCUGCAUGUCCAGUACAGUAUGUCUAGCAAUAUCAGAUCAUUGUGGUUAUACCCAACAGACUACAAAAAUACACAACAAAACACAUGAAAUGUGUUAUGAUUUAGACAUAUCGCUGGGCAGUAGGCUACAGUACAGUGUCAAUACACAGGCCUGUAUUGUCAGUGUGUGACUGGAUGGAUGAUGUAGAUGUCUCUCUCUGGAUUUAACAUCCUGUAUAAAUCCAGCGUUAUAAUUAAACCUCGGUGUCUCACAUCCUCCAUCCCAAAUGGCACCAUAUUCCAUAUAUGUUCCCUAUUCCCUAGGGGCCCUGGUCAAAAGUAGUGCACCAUAUAGGGAAUAGGGUGCCAUUUGGGACGGGCACAUGGAGAGUGGCCCAUCCAGCUCGUAAAGCUCUUUAGGAUUGCAGUGUGAGUGAGGACACAGAGGCUUUUAGACCUGGCCAGCAGGCCAGAGGUUGGCAGAUGUCAUCUCUGUAAUAGUCACCUUUGUGUCUAUUAAUAACCGGAUUCUAACACUAAUUCCUCCCAGCCAGUUCCUGUCCUUCCCUGGUUCACCCUGUCCCUCCCUGGUUCACCCUGUCCCUCCCUGGUUCACCCUGUCCCUCCCUGGUUCACUCUGUCCCUCCCUGGUUCACCCUGCCCCUCCCUGGUUCACUCUGUCCCUCCCUGGUUCACCCUGUCCCUCCCUGGUUCACCCUGUCCCUCCCUGGUUCACCCUGCCCCUCCCUGGUUCACCCUGCCCCUCCCUGGUUCACCCUCCCCCUCCCUGGUUCACCCUGCCCCUCCCUGGUUCACCCUGCCCCUCCCUGGUUCACCCUGCCCCUCCCUGGUUCACCCUGCCCCUCCCUGGUUCACCCUCCCCCUUCCUGGUUCAAUCUGCCCCUUGUUGGUUCACUCUGUCCCUCCCUGGUUCACUCUGUCCCUCCCUGGUUCCCUCUGUCCCUCACUGGUUCACCCUGUCCCUCCCUGGUUCACUCUGCCCCCCCCCCCCCUGGUUCACUCUGUCCCUCCCUGGUUCCCUCUGUCCCUCACUGGUUCACCCUGUCCCUCCCUGGUUCCCUCUGUCCCUCCCUGGUUCACUCUGCCCCUCCCUGGUUCACUCUGCCCCUCCAUGGUUCACUAUUUCCCUCCCUAGUCACUCUGCCCAUCCCUGGUAAUUGUUAUUGUUGUUGUUGUUAUUGUUAUUGUUGUUAAUAAUAGUGAUAGUGUUAGUGAUAGUAAUAGUGUUAGUGAUAGUGUUAGUGUUAGUGGUAGUGAUAGUGGUAGUGAUAGUGGUAGUGAUAGUCGUAGUGACAGUGAUAGUGUUCGUGAUAGUGUUCGUAAUAAUGUUUGUGAUUUUGAAAUUGAUAGUGAUAGAGAAGGCCAGGCUUCUUCAGGCAGGGAGCAAUAGAGCUCUGCAUGGGUAGGGAAACACUUUUCCAAACCCAAAUACACUUACAGUGAUGCUCCAGAGGUUUUGAAUAAUUUCAGCCAGUAGUUUUGAAAGUAGUGCUCAACAGGUCCCUGAAAAUGGUGCACAAUUGUGUACUACAUCAUCCAUUUCGUAUGACAUGUUACGUCCUGCCAGAAAAAUAUAAAAAAUAUAAAUACAUUGGAAUUCGUUCGAAAUGUUACGGAUUUGUAGAGUAAGUGCACAAGAUCCCAGACUGCAUAUUGAAAGAAGAGCUGUAAAACCAGGGUCCAAGUCAGGGGUAUUUAGAUCUUUACACUGGAGCUUCAUCCUCUGCCUCUAAUAAAGAAGAGCUGUAAAACCAGGGUCCAAGUCAGGGGUAUUUAGAGCUUUACACUGGAGCUUCAUCCUCUGCCUCUAGGAAAGAAGAGCUGUAAAACCAGGGUUCAAGUCAGGGGUAUUUAGAGCUUUACACUGGAGCUUCAUCCUCUGCCUCUAGGAAGGAAGUGCUGUAAAACCAGGGUCCUAGUCAGGGGUAUUUAGAGCUUUACACUGGAGCUUCAUCCUCUGCCUCUAGGAAAGAAGAGCUGUAAAACCAGGGUCCAAGUCAGGGGUAUUUAGAGCUUUACACUGGAGCUUCAUCCUCUGCCUCUAAGAAAGAAGAGCUGUAAAACCAGGGUCCAAGUCAGGGGUAUUUAGAGCUUUACACUGGAGCUUCAUCCUCUGCCUCUAGGAAAGAAGAGCUGUAAAACCAGGGUCCAAGUCAGGGGUAUUUAGAGCUUUACACUGGAGCUUCAUCCUCUGCCUCUAGGAAAGAAGAGCUGUAAAACCAGGGUCCAAGUCAGGGGUAUUUAGAGCUUUACACUGGAGCUUCAUCCUCUGCCUCUAGGAAAGAAGAGCUGUAAAACCAGGGUCCAAGUCAGGGGUAUUUAGAGCUUUACACCGGAGCUUCAUCCUCUGCCUCUAGGAAGGAAGAGCUGUAAAACCAGGGUCCAAGUCAGGGGUAUUUAGAGCUUUACACUGGAGCUUCAUCCUCUGCCUCUAGGAAAGAAGAGCUGUAAAACCAGGGUCCAAGUCAGGGGUAUUAAGAGCUUUACACUGGAGCUUCAUCCUCUGCCUCUAUGAAAGAAGAGCUGUAAAACCAAGGUCCAAGUCAGGGGUAUUUAGAGUUUUACACUGGAUCUUCAUCUUCUGCCUCUAUGAAAGAAGAGCUGUAAAACCAAGGUCCAAGUCAGGGGUAUUUAGAGUUUUACACUGGAUCUUCAUCUUCUGCCUCUAGGAAAGAAGAGCUGUAAAACCAGGGUCCUAGUCAGGGGUAUUUAGAGCUUUACACUGGAGCUUCAUCCUCUGCCUCUAGGAAAGAAGAGCUGUAAAACCAGGGUCCAAGUCAAGGGUAUUUAGAGCUUUACACUGGAGCUUCAUCCUCUGCCUCUAGGAAGGAAGAGCUGUAAAACCAGGGUCCAAGUCAGGGGUAUUUAGAGCUGUACACUUGAGCUUCAUCCUCUGCCUCUAGGAAGGAAGAGCCAGGUAAAACCAGGGUCCUAGUCAGGUGUAUUUAGAGCUUUACCUCUGUCUCUAGCAUCCACAGACAGCAAGGAGAGGACAGUUGUGGUCUGCCCCGUGCUACUGGUAACCUCCAUAGAUGUUACAGUGAUAGUGUGGUCUGGUACCCUCCAAAUGUAGCGUAAAAUUAGGUAUUCUAAGCUUCAUCUUAGUUUAUUAUGUCAUGAGUUGAACAUAUCAUGAAAGAUUAUCCCUGAAGACGAGAGUGUGAGUGAGGGAGUGAGUCAGUGUCUCGGCAAACACUGCACGACUCAGCCUGCCCAACAUCACACCACUCAGCCUGCUGAAAACAACGCCAUGCCACUCAGCCUGCUCAACACCAACCACUUCAGCAUGCUCAAAACACGCCACUCAGCCGCUCAACAACCAUGCCCAAUCAGCCUGCCUCAACACCGCACUUCAGCCUGCUCAACACCUACACACUCAGCAUGACUCAACACCACUGCAAUCAGCUGCUCAACACCAUGCCACUUCAGCCUGCCUGCUCAACACCACACCACUCAGCCUGCUCAAACACCACACCCUCAGCCUGCUCAACACCACGCUUACUCAGCCUCCUCAACACCACACCAUCAGCAUGCUCAACACCACACCACUCAGCCUGCUAACACCAUGCACUCAGCGUCAACACCAUGCCACUAGCAUGCUCAACACCACACCACUCAGCCUGCUCAACACCACGCUACUCAGCCUCCUCAACACCACACCACUCAGCCUGCUCAACACCACACCACUCAGCCUGCUCAACACCAUGCCACUCAGCCUGCUCAACACCAUGCCACUCAGCCUGCUCAACACCACACCACUCAGCCUGCUCAACACCACGCCACUCAGCCUGCUCAACACCAUGCCACUCAGCCUGCUCAACACCACACCACUCAGCCUGCUCAACACCACCACUCAGCUGCUCAACCACACCACUCAGCUGCUCAACACCACCCACUCACCCUGCUCAACCCCCCCAAAUGCCCUAAAAAGCUUUUUCCCCCUAAACCCCACCCCCACCCCCCCCCUCAGCCUCUAAAAAAACCCCCGCCCCACCCACCCCCCUGCUCCACCAUCCCACUCCCCUCCAACCCACACCACUCCCCCUUAAACACCACACCACUCACCGCUCAACACCCCCACUCCCCCCUUCAACCCUGCCACUCAGCCUGCCAACCCACCCCAUCACCGCAAAAUACCACACCACUCAGCCUCCUCAACACCACACCACUCAGCUUCCUCAACACCACACCACUCAGCCUCCUCUGGCAUUCCUCCCUGUGAUGAUGAUGCCUGGCAGCUGCCUGAGUUUCCUGUCCGUGAAGCCAUCCGUCUCAGCUGCAGCUGCAUCUUUGUUGGUAAAGAGGAGCGUUCAGAUACCCCUGUUCCCUCUAGCUGCCUGACACAGCUCCCUUAGAAGCUAGGCUUUAGCUCAGCAGGCUAAAACAUCUGGUGCUGAAAUAACAGUCUCUGAACAUCGCAGAAGCAAAUAGGGAAUAGAAUAGCAUCAGGCCUGCUUGUAUGGCCGACUGGGUUUGAAUCCAGGCAUCCUGGGUGCUACAAGUAUGUGUUAGCCCGCUGAGCUAAAGCCUAGCCAUCACAGAAACAUUUUGAGAAUCAUGCCUGCUUCUAAAGGUAUUUUGUAGUUUCUGCUAGUCUGAUAUUGUGAAACGGUAGAAAUGUUGUUGGGUGACAGAAAGUUAAAGGAAUACUUUGGGAUUUUGGCAAGGAGGCCCUUUAUCUACUUCCUCAGAGUCAGAUGUACAAUUGUUUAUGUCUCUGUGUCCAGUAUGAAGGAAGUUAAGAGGUAGUUUCGCGAGCCAAGGCUAACUAGUAUUAGCGCUAUGACUGGAAGUCCAUGGGUAUCUGCUAGCAUGCUGUUGCAUUAAAAUGCAUAUUAAAAUGCCUUGGAAUAACUGUAGACAUGGAAUUGCAGUGAAUUGAUGAUUCUGCACUUCACAGUAGUGAGACUAUGAGGAUCAAUUAUAGCAUUGCCCUCUUGUGGGCAGAGGAUGAACAGAUCUCCUGAAGUGAAUGAUCCAUACAUCCAGAUUGAAAGCUCUUCAGAGUGAGUCCUUCCAUUCUAGUGAGCCAAGCUCAGCCUAACCAAGCAGUAACUAGCUGCCCACCGUAGUUGCUGGACCUGUACUGAAAAGGACAACCUGAAAAGAAAACAUUGGACCCAGUCAGGUUCAGAUCUGUAGAAUUCAAUAGGAGAACAUUUACUUUUCAGCCACAUUUACAUUUCAGCACACUUACAUUUCAGCCACAUUUACAUGUUAGUCAACUAGCGGACGCUCUUAUGCAGAGCAACUUACAGUAAAUGCAUUCAUCUGAAGAUGAAGCUAGGUGAGACAACCGCACAUCACGCUAAUAAUAGGGACAACUUCUCCUCAAUAAAGUAGCUAUCAGCAGAAUCAGUGCUAGUGAGAAGAGACAGUGUGAGUGUUAGUGCAAGAAAGACAAGGGUGCUAGUUAUUUUAAUUGUUUUGGUUCAGACAACGAUCUCUGUGUUUGAUCUCUGUGUUCAGAUGGUGGUACUGGUCAUGCUGUAUAAUCCACUGUAAAAUAGUGUUAAAGGCUCUGACUCUCUGUGACGCAUCGAAGGGAGCAUUCCUCUGGGUGGAUGUGCUGAAUAUGGGUCCUGGGGCAACAGAGAUGUGUCUGUCUGUGUGUGUGUGUGUUUGCACAGACCUCACCAUGGUUUUCAUCCUAGGCUGCAGCAGGCUGCAGGCAGCACGUCAUCUCAUCUCUGUUUUUCAUUCCUGCAUGGCCAGCACUGAGGGUAGUGGUGAUUUUAUCCAGCCUGAGAUGGAGGGCCUAUGUAUGAGACCACUGUUAAAGAAUGGUGACUUCAGCAGAGUAGUAACAGGGAAUAUGAUGGUACUGCACUUCCUUAUCACUGUUGCCAGCGACGGACUGUUAUGGCACUGGUAACACCUAGGUGCUUCCCAAAUGUCACUUCAUUUCCUAUAUAGUGCACUACAUUUGGUCAUGGCCCAUAGGGCUCUGGUCAAAAGUAGUGUACUAUAUAGGGUGCCAUUUGCGAUAUACCAUAGACAUGCCCUUUCUCAAUACUGAGGGUGGAAGACCCUGGAUGAGCUCCUAUCUGUUGUUUUAUCACAUGGUUGGAAUGUGAGAUGAUUCAUAUUAAACUGUAGGGAAGCAGUCUCUCUCUCUCUCUCUCUCUCUCUCUCUCUCUCUCUCUCUCUCUCUCUCUCUCUCUCUCUCUCUCUCUCUCUCUCUCUCUCUCUCUCUCUCUCUCUCUCUCUCUCUCUCUCUCUCUCUCUCUCUCUCUGUGCGUGUGUGAUGUCCACAUCAUGGCUCUGUGUAACCAGCACACAAACAUUGUUUAUGGUGACUUCAAAUCUGGAGGAAGUACUUUUAGCUUUAUAUUCUUCCUGCUAACAGAGAUAAAGAUCUUCAAAGUAACAACAUGUCUUGUAUUCUUUGAAUACAUAAUAUGCACAUAGGUUUUAAUCUCUUUGGCACAGUCACUGAUACCAGGAGACGGUGAAGGCACCUUGAGUGUUUCAUGUGAGGCGACGUGGUUCUUGUCCAUGGUUUGUGAAUUUGCGUUUAUAAAAUAGAAUGUUUCUUUCCGUUCUAGGUACUACAUCAAAGAGUCCAGAGGGAGCAGACGGUGGUUGAUAUUCUUGGAGGGCGGCUGGUACUGCUUCAACAAAGAGAACUGUGACAGCCGAUACGACACCAUGAGGAGACUGAUGAGCUCGUCCAAGUGGCCUCAAACCAAAACAGGUCAGAAUCUCUGCCUACAGUACCUGCCUGUGUCUGUCUGGCUGGCUGUUACAGUUCACCAACCCCCCACCACUACUACUCUAAAACACAGAUUAAGCCUGGUCCUGAACGGUAUCCUACGAAGCAAGCUAGAUCUCCUUAGAGUUUUCUAAAGCUAACCAGCUUCAGUUAUUUUAUUUAACAUUUAUUUAACAAGGAAGGGCUCAUUGAGUUUUGAAAUCUCUUUUUCAAGAGAGUCCUGGCCAAGAUAGGCAGCACCAGGUCAUUACACAAUUACAGACAGACAACAUGAAAAACUACAAGUAAUCUAGUAAACAUCCAUAGAAAUCACUGGAGUAUAACAAAAUCAUAAAACAGCUAUUUAAAAACAUUGACAGGUCAAGGAAUCAGCCUCAAAAUCCUUCAUCAAUGAUUUAAAAACACCAAUCGGGACAAGUUCUUCCAGUUUAAAUGUAUGUUGUAAAGCGUUCCAAGACGAUGGCGCAGAGUACAUAAAAGCCCUUUUACCAAAUUCAGUUCGGACAAUUGGAACAGUUAGCAGGAUAAAGUCCUGCGAACGAAGGGAGUACCCACCACAUUUCUGAAUAAUAAAAAUUCCCAGAUAAAAUGGUAGUAAACCCAAAAUAGCUUUGUAAAUAAAAGUUUACCAGUGACUGAGCCUACGAGUGACUAGAGAAGGCCAGCCAACCCUGGUAUAUAGAGUGCAGUGGUGCGUAAGGGUUUUGCAGUAAAUCUCAAUGCUCCAUGAUAAAGUGUGUCAAUUGAUCUCAAACACUGAGCGGAAGCAUUCAUAUAUAAAAUAUCUCCAUAAUCUAGUAUAGGCAUAAAUGUAUCUGAUACUAGCCUCCUUCUGGCUUCAAAAGAAAAACAUUCCUUAUUCCUAAAAUAAAAUCCCAACUUCAGCUUGUAAGUUGUUGAAUAUGCAAUUUAAAAGAGAGACUGUCAUCAAUUAAAAUUCCAAGAUAUUUAUAUGCGGUUACAGCCUCAAUCUCAUUGCCCUGACAGGUAGUAAUAGGUGAAAGGUUCAGAGGUCUGUUUCUUGCUUUAGAAAACACCAUUAGUUUAGUUUUGUCAGCAUUGAGGAUAAGCUUCAAUUGACACAAGGUAUGUUGAACAGUAUAAAAAGCAGUUUGCAAGUUCUGGAAAGCUUCAUCAGCAUAAAAGUGAAGUUGCGCAUUUUGCACAUUUUUGUCUAAAUUAUUUAUAUAAAUAGUGAAUUAGAGGGGACCAAGUACAGAGCCCUGGGGCACACAAUUACAGACAGACAAUUUAACAGACAUGAGCCCAUCAAAUUGAGUGCACUGAGUUCUAUUAGACAGAUAGUUAGCAAACCAUGCAACUGCAUGCUCCGAAAGACCUACGCUUGACAAUCUCUGCCUCAGUAUAGCAUGAUCAACUGUAUCAAAAGCCUUAGAGAGAUCAAUAAAAGGGAGACACAGUGCUGUUUUUUGUCAAGGGCUUCAGUGAUAUCAUUUAAAACCUUCAAGGCUCAAGGCUGCUGUAAUUGUGCUAUGCUUCUUCUUGAAGCCCGAUUGGUACAUUGAUAAAAUAGAGUUAGUAUAUAAAAACUAUUUUAGCUGUUCACUAACAAGGGUUUCAAGUAUUUUUGCCAGGGGUGACAGCUUUGAGAUUGGCCUAUAAUUAUUUAAAAGAGUUGGAUCUCCCCCUUUUAAAAGUGGUAGAACAAAUGCUGAUUUCCAGAUCUUUGGAAAUUCAUUACAUUCCAGGGUUAGAUUGAACAUAUAUGUAAGUGGUUCAGCUAUGAAAUCAGCUAAACCUGUGGAAUGGGGCAUGCUUGUUUACUAUUUGGAAAAAUAUAUAAUGAAAGAACUUCAAGGCUGUUUUCACAUCAGGAAAAAGCUCAAUCUUGCUCCAGUCAAAAUAAAACAAAUCAUGAAAGAAAGCCUGCUCAUUAAAACUCUUAACAUAAAGCGUGGGUUUGUCUUAGGAACCUUAGUAUUUCUAACAGCAACAACAGCACAAUGGUCACUAAAAUCAUUACAGAAAACACCAACCGCAUAAUAUUUAUGUGGAACAUUUGUCAAUAAGGCCCCGUGUAGCUCAGUUGGUAGAUCAUGGCGCUUGCAACGCCAGGGUUGUGGGUUCGAUUCCCACGGGUGGCCAGUAUGAAAAAAAUAAAUAUGUAUGCACUCACUAACUGUAAGUCGCUCUGGAUAAGAGCGUCUGCUAAAUGACUAAAAUGUAAAAUGUAUAUCAAAUCAAUCAGGGUAGAUUUCUCUGGACAUUUGAGAUUUGGGCGGGUGGGUGAAUGAAUCAACUGGGUACGAUUCAUAGAAUUACAAUACAUUUUAAAAUCAUCAGACACCGGCUUUAACCAACACCAGUUGAGAUCACCAAUCAAGAUAAUUUCACUGUAAAGAAGUUUAGACAUAAGGUGCAUCAGAGAAGAAAAUGCAUCACCGAGAGCAGAGGGGGGUCUAUAACAGCCAAUCACAGUUACAAAUAGUUUCAGACUUUGCCACACUUACAAGGAAUUUAUUAUUUACAUAUAUAUAGCCACACCCCCAACUUAACUCGAUCAGUGCGAUACACAUUAGAACCAUUUAUACAAAUAUCCUAAUCAAGAACAGACUUGCUGAGCCAGGUUUCAGAAAACACAAUUACAUCAGCAUCAGUUGAUUUAGCACAAAUCCUAACCCCAUCAAUUUUAGACAAAGGCUGCGUACAUUUAAAUGAAAAAUACCAAAACCAGAUCUAGAUAUAAAAUCAGAGGGGGUGUGGAGACAUUGCAUAUCAGGGCCAGGGUUAGGUUGCAUGCUACCUGAUAUCAACAGAAUAAGAAUAAUUAGGCACCUCUGUUUAAUAACCUUGCACAGCUUCUCUUUUUUAAGAGACCUACUGCAAGUGAAUUCUACAAGUGUUUCCAGACAAUACAAAACAGUCAUUUAAAACAAUUAGACUUUGGUAGUGACACAAAUGCAUCGGCACUUGGACGAGUGGACCGAGUGAAAAAGAGAGAGUUCCCGCAGACACAAUGUCUAACGGACGGGAGAGCACAUUGUCAUAUGUACUCACCCAGCAACAAUGUUCAUUUCCUCCAGAGUUCAGUAAAGUCAUUGCGCAAAGCAAUACCACGAAAAUUGUCAUUUUCUCUGAGAGAUGUAAGAAAUAGAGGCCAAGGAAAGGUAAGGGGAGAGAGGGACUGUGUGUAUUUAUGUGAAUGUGUGUGCAUGAGUAGAUUGGGGAUGGGGGUCGAUUGAGAGAGCGGGUUGGGGAUUGUUGAGCUGCCGCUGACAGCCAGUUGGAGAGCAAAGAGGAGCAGCUUGGACAAGACACUCCGCGGAGGGAAACAGAGAAUAGAACCCAGGCCAGCCAGAGAGAGGAUUACGUUGGUCAACUUCGAGUAAGGAAGUGCAAAUAGUGCAAAAAAAAAUGAUACGAGUUGAGGGAGACUUGCGAUCUUUACACCAGCAAAACUAAAUAGUUUGCACUACACAACAAGAAAAGUGUAGAUUUGCUCCACCGUAAAUGAAUGAGUUAUUAGUAGGUUAAAAAGUACUAGUCACAGACAAACGACUUGACAUUGUGAUGUGGUGGUGUUGAAGGAGUCAGGCGCAGGAGGGUAAAUCACAGAAUAACAGGCUUUAAUCCGCAAAAUACAGGUUUACGCAGAACUGCGUCAAACACACUCCAGGGCACAAAACAGGUGCACUGGAAAAUACAAGGCACACAGGAAAAUACUCCCGUCAAACAAAAUACACGAGCUCCACCGAGCUUCACUAACCUUCACAAUAAACAAUCACCCACAAGGACAAGGGGGCAGAGGGAACACUUAUACACGGACUAAUUAGGGGAUUAGAACAAGGUGUGUGAUAACGAGACAAGACAAUUGUUAUGAUGAUUGGGGCGGCAGUGGUUAGUACUCCGGUGACGAUGAACGCCGAAGCCUGCCCGAACAAGGAGGGGAGGCAGCCUCGGCCGAAGUCGUGACAGUACCCCCCCCCCCCCCCCCGAUGCGCAGCUGAAUCGACUAGCGCCUUACAAUGGGGAACUACCAUGAGAUCGGGAAAGUGGAUAGGUAGGGUACAGUGCGCAGCAGAGGGCUCUGAACAAGUGUGGGUGUUCGAUACCUGGGGUGAUGCAUGAGUGCCCUGCCUGCCGCCUCCCGGCCCAAAAGAACGUUGACUACGAUGUGUAGUGUAUUGUCCCUUCGUGCCACCAGAGUGGCACUGUCGCUGUCCCCUCUGCUCUCUAGGCCGGCGGCUCCACCUAGCUCCAUCGGCUCGGGAUCUGAGUCAUCCGGGAUGGAAACGGGCAGACUCCUAACAGGACGUCCUCUGGCUGCCAGUAGGUUGUCCAAACGAAUGGCCAUGUCCACCAGUUUGUUGAAGGACAACAUGGUGUCUCGGCAGGCUAGCUCCCGUUGGACGUCCUCCCGCAGAUGGCACUGGAAAUGGUCGAUCAGGGCCCGCUCGUUCCACCCGGACCCCGCUGCCAGCGUCCGAAACUCUAACGCGAAGUCCUGCGCAGUCCUCGUCCCCUGCCUCAGAUGGACCAGUCGCUCACCCGCCUAAAGAGGCGAGCGAACUCCCUGUAGUCCUCCAACGCGGCUCCUCCUUCGUUCCACACCGCGUUGGCCCACUCCAGGGCUUUCCCACAGAGGCAGGAAACGAGGACGGACACCUUCUCCCGCUCCGAUGGUUCCGGCCUGAUGCUGGCAAAGUAAAGCUCCAAUUGGAGGAGGAAUCCCUGGCACAGCGCCGUCGUCCCAUCAAACGCCCGUGGUCGGGAUAUCUGGAUCCCUCCGGGUGCUGGGGUGUAGGUGGCUGGAUCCGGUUGGCCAGCUGGUCUCGACAGAUCGGGUUCUCUCCUCUCCAGGCAUUGGACAACCUGAAGAACCCGAUCCAUCGCUUCCCCCAAGCUGGCCAGCAUUGUGGAAUGCUCCUGGACCCUUGCCACGACUCCAGGCAUGCGCUCUUCUCCCUCUGACUCCAUAUUCAGGUGGGUGAUUCUGUGAUGUGGUGGUGUUGAAGGAGUCAGGAGCAGGAGGUUAAAUCACAGAAUAACAGGCUUUAAUCCGCAAAAUACAGGUUUACGCAGAACUGCGUCAAACACACUCCAGGGCACAAAACAGGUGCACUGGAAAAUACAAGGCACACAGGAAAAUACUCCCGUCAAACAAAAUACACGAGCUCCACCGAGCUUCACUAACCUUCACAAUAAACAAUCACCCACAAGGACAAGGGGGCAGAGGGAACACUUAUACACGGACUAAUUAGGGGAUUAGAACAAGGUGUGUGUGAUAACGAGACAAGACAAUUGCUAAGAUGAUUGGGACGGCAGUGGUUAGUACUCCGGUGACGACGAACGCCGAAGUCUGCCCGAACAAGGAGGGGAGGCAGCCUUGGCUGAAGUCAUGACAGACAUGCUGCCAUCUUUACAUUCCAGCUCUGUCUUCAUCCGUACAACGACAGUUAUUGCUCCUCCGCCUGCCGCUAACUCUAGCAGGCUUGUACCUGAGCAUUCAUGUCGCACAUGGCUAGUCAUACACCGAACUCUUCACUGAGACAAUGUUGAAACAUCAAUCCAUGCGCGAGUCAGUGCCACAUUUUCAUUUGUGCCAAAAACAAAAUGAAAGAAAAGUUAUGUUGCAAAAUCAGCAGGCUGUGGUGUGAAAUAGGCUUGUUUUAUUACUUAUCGUUAAUGCCAACUUUGGUGUGCUUAUCAAUGCACAAGCACCUUUUUCCCCACUCCUAUCGAUCUUUUUUAAAUUAAGUCAAACAAAAGUGUUACUGUGCUUGAAGUUUAAAAUGCAUUUUGUCAUUACUAAAUGUGUAAUGUGAUAUAUUUUAACAUUAAAUGUUUUUAACACAAAAAAAACAUUUGAUUAAUAAAAUAUUUAAUCAGUCAUCUUCCUCAAAUGGAGAGGAUGAUGACGCAAUCUUUGCGAGAGGGAGGGAAUUUGAUUUAAUCGGUCCUCAACUUGUGGCUCAGUCAUUUCAUUCAGUGGAGUAAAGUUAGCUGUGAGUUAGCCUGCCCUUGAGCAGGUUAGUUCUGAAGGAUUUGUUGCCAUAGAAAUGUACCUGGCUAAAAGGUGAGCCACUUUCGUAUGACCGGUUAACCCAAGUUUAACUCAGAGUUGACCAAAGUUAGCUGGCUAACUCCUCAAACCUGCUUCGUAUCAUACCGCUCUGGACUAAGAAGCAUUCUCAAUAGAGAUUCUCCUUUGAAAAUGCUUUUUAGUCUGGGACCAGGCCUAAUCUGUGUCUGGGAAACAGUACCUUAAUCUAAACCGAAUGUUACAGUAAUAUAAGACACUUAUCUAUAGCAACCUACUGUAUGGUAAGUGCAUACACUCUUCUGUUGCUAGCGCCACGCUCCUACCAACUGAGCCCCUCCACAUGUUAUAGACAGAAAAUGGCUUUGGGCUGUAGUGCUGUCUGUUCUGGCUCUGCACCCACACAAUGAACAAAGUACAGACCAGGGCCCGUAUCCACACAAUGAACAAUGUACAGACCAGGGCCCGUAUCCACACAAUGAACAAAGUACAGACCAGGGCCCGUAUCCACACAAUGAACAAAGUACAGACCAGGGCCCGUAUCCACACAAUGAACAAAGUACAGACCAGGGCCCGUAUCCACACAAUGAACAAAGUACAGACCAGGGCCCGUAUCCACACAAUGAACAAAGUACAGACCAGGGCCCGUAUCCACACAAUGAACAAAGUACAGACCAGGGCCCGUAUCCACACAAUGAACAAAGUACAGACCAGGGCCCGUAUCCACACAAUGAACAAAGUACAGACCAGGGCCCGUAUCCACACAAUGAACAAAGUACAGACCAGGGCCCGUAUCCACACAAUGAACAAAGUACAGACCAGGGCCCGUAUCCACACAAUGAACAAAGUACAGACCAGGGCCCGUAUCCACACAAUGAACAAAGUACAGACCAGGGCCCGUAUCCACACAAUGAACAAAGUACAGACCAGGGCCCGUAUCCACACAAUGAACAAAGUACAGACCAGGGCCCGUAUCCACACAAUGAACAAUGUACAGACCAGGGCCCGUAUCCACACAAUGAACAAAGUACAGACCAGGGCCCGUAUCCACACAAUGAACAAAGUACAGACCAGGGCCCGUAUCCACACAAUGAACAAAGUACAGACCAGGGCCCGUAUCCACACAAUGAACAAAGUACAGACCAGGGCCCGUAUCCACACAAUGAACAAAGUACAGACCAGGGCCCGUAUCCACACAAUGAACAAAGUACAGACCAGGGCCCGUAUCCACACAAUGAACAAAGUACAGACCAGGGCCCGUAUCCACACAAUGAACAAAGUACAGACCAGGGCCCGUAUCCACACAAUGAACAAAGUACAGACCAGGGCCCGUAUCCACACAAUGAACAAAGUACAGACCAGGGCCCGUAUCCACACAAUGAACAAAGUACAGACCAGGGCCCGUAUCCACACAAUGAACAAAGUACAGACCAGGGCCCGUAUCCACACAAUGAACAAAGUACAGACCAGGGCCCGUAUCCACACAAUGAACAAAGUACAGACCAGGGCCCGUAUCCACACAAUGAACAAAGUACAGACCAGGGCCCGUAUCCACACAAUGAACAAAGUACAGACCAGGGCCCGUAUCCACACAAUGAACAAAGUACAGACCAGGGCCCGUAUCCACACAAUGAACAAAGUACAGACCAGGGCCCGUAUCCACACAAUGAACAAAGUACAGACCAGGGCCCGUAUCCACACAAUGAACAAAGUACAGACCAGGGCCCGUAUCCACACAAUGAACAAUGUACAGACCAGGGCCCGUAUCCACACAAUGAACAAAGUACAGACCAGGGCCCGUAUCCACACAAUGAACAAAGUACAGACCAGGGCCCGUAUCCACACAAUGAACAAAGUACAGACCAGGGCCCGUAUCCACACAAUGAACAAAGUACAGACCAGGGCCCGUAUCCACACAAUGAACAAAGUACAGACCAGGGCCCGUAUCCACACAAUGAACAAAGUACAGACCAGGGCCCGUAUCCACACAAUGAACAAAGUACAGACCAGGGCCCGUAUCCACACAAUGAACAAAGUACAGACCAGGGCCCGUAUCCACACAAUGAACAAAGUACAGACCAGGGCCCGUAUCCACACAAUGAACAAAGUACAGACCAGGGCCCGUAUCCACACAAUGAACAAAGUACAGACCAGGGCCCAUAUCCACACAAUGAACAAAGUACAGACCAGGGCCCGUAUCCACACAAUGAUCAAAGUACAGACCAGGGCCCGUAUCCACACAAUGAACAAAGUACAGACCAGGGCCCGUAUCCACACAAUGAACAAAGUACAGACCAGGGCCCGUAUCCACACAAUGAACAAAGUACAGACAAACUGACAUACAGACAAACUGACAAACAGUUGGAUGUCAGUUAUGAAUAGCACAGGGGUAUAUUUAUUUAUGGUAAUGACCAGUGUUAUUGAGACAGUCAUCUAUGUUGUAAUGACCAGUGUUAUUGAGACAGUCAUCUAUGUUGUAAUGACCAGUGUUAUUGAGACAGUCAUCUAUAUGGUAAUGACCAGUGUUUUUGAGACAGUCAUCUAUGUUGUAAUGACCAGUGUUAUUGAGACAGUCAUCUAUAUGGUAAUGACCAGUGUUAUUGAGACAGUCAUCUAUAUGGUAAUGACCAGUGUUAUUGAGACAGUCAUCUAUGUUGUAAUGACCAGUGUUAUUGAGACAGUCAUCUAUAUGGUAAUGACCAGUGUUUUUGAGACAGUCAUCUAUGUUGUAAUGACCAGUGUUAUUGAGACAGUCAUCUAUAUGGUAAUGACCAGUGUUAUUGAGACAGUCAUCUAUAUGGUAAUGACCAGUGUUUUUGAGACAGUCAUCUAUGUUGUAAUGACCAGUGUUAUUGAGACAGUCAUCUAUAUGGUAAUGACCAGUGUUAUUGAGACAGUCAUCUAUAUGGUAAUGACCAGUGUUAUUGAGACAGUCAUCUAUGUUGUAAUGACCAGUGUUAUUGAGACAGUCAUCUAUAUGGUAAUGACCAGUGUUAUUGAGACAGUCAUCUAUAUGGUAAUGACCAGUGUUAUUGAGACAGUCAUAACAUACUCCUGUAGCUCAGUUGGUAGAGCAUGGCGCUUGCAACGCCAGGGUUGUGGGUUCGAUUCCCAUGGGGGGCCAGUAUGAAAAAUGUAUGCACUCACUAACUGUAAGUCGCUCUGGAUAAGAGUGUCUGCUAAAUGACUAAAAUGUAAAAAAUUUAAAAUACUACUGUAGAGAGCUAUCUGCCGCCUGCUCCUGUGAGAGGGGAAGUGCCUCUCUCUCAUUGUGCUGUAAGAGCCAUAAUUCAUGCAGUGAUUAUGAGGAAGAUGGUGAUGUGUCUGGGAGUGGCAUGAUGGUUAAUGAUAUAUAUUCUCUAUUGCCGUGUCAUUCCUCUCUGUAGGCACAGGGAUCCUGUCUCCACUCCCAGAGGAAAACCCUCACUGGUGGAACGCCAACAUGGUGUAAGUUCCAGGAUUUGGUGUGUGUGUGUGUCCAGUUGAUCAUUAUAAAGUUGUAAGAAGACCUGACAUUGAUGUGUUUCCUCUCCAGGUUCAUCCCCUACUGCUCUAGUGAUGUGUGGAGUGGUGCCUCAGCCAAGACGGACCAGAGUAAGACAUCACUUUUGGCCAUACUAAUGUGUGUUUGCAUUUUCUAAUGGAGAUCAAUCAACCAAUCACCCAACAAAUCAAUCACCCAAUCAGCCAAUCAACGAAUCAAUCAACCAAUCAAUCAACUAAUCACCCAACCAAUCAAUCAACCAAUGAACUAAUCAAUCAACCAAUCACCCAACCAAUCAAUCAACAAAUCAACAAAUCAACCAAUCAGCCAAACAAUCAACCAAGCAACCAAUAAACCAAGAAAACAAGCAACCAAUCAGCCAACCAACCAAUAAAUGAACGAAUGAAUGAAUCAUUCAAUCAAUCAAUCAAUCAAUUAACUUAAAAUGUAUUGUCCUAGAGGGAAAUUGGUUAUUUAAUUGAAUCAUACAUGAAAGACAUCGGAUAGGUAGGUAUGUUGUGUGCAUUGUGUUGGUCACUCGGCACUCAAUGUAUUGUGUUGGUGACUGACUGUCUGUCUGCGUGCCGUCUGUGUGCAGGUGGCUACGCCUUCAUGGGGUCUCUGAUCAUUCAGGAGGUGGUGAAGGAUCUGCUGGCCAAGGGGCUUGACAACGCCAAGGUUCUACUACUGGCUGGCAGCAGGUGGGUGGGGCCACAUGUUAGUGUGGGUGUGUCUGUGUGUUAACAUAAUGUAAAUAUGUUUAAUGAACUGUGUGUCCUAUAGAUUAGAAUAAGUUAGUGUGUGUGUCUGUUUGUGUGUGUUCGUGCCUGUUUGUGUGUGUUUGUGUGUGUGUAUAGUCUUGCCUGUGUGUGUUCGUGCCUGUGUGUGUGUUUGUGUGUGUGUAUAGUCUUGCCUGUGUGUGUUCGUGCCUGUGUGUGUGUGUGUUACCUAUCUGUGUGUCUCUUCUCUACCCCACAGUGCGGGGGGGACGGGGGUCCUGCUGAACGUGGACCCUGUGGCUGAGCUGCUGGAGGGGCUGGGGCACCCUGGGAUCCAGGUGAGGGGUCUGGCUGACUCGGGCUGGUUCCUGGACAACAAGCAGUACCGAUCUACUGACUGUCACGACACCAUCAGCUGUGCCCCCACGGAGGCCAUCAAGAGAGGCAUCAAGUAAGAGAGCACUCUACCACUAUAGCUGCAGUCUCUGGGACCAUAUUCACAAUCUCAAAUCUCAGAUUAGGGGUGCUGAUAUAGGAUCAUAGUAUGAUCUAAAAAUCGAAAAAAUCUGAUCCUAUAUCAGGGGGGACUGAUCCUAGAUCAGCACUCCUAUUCUGAGCUGCUUUCUGAGUACGGUCCCUGGGCGGUUCAGAAUGCCGUGGUUAGGGACAGAGAGUUUCUCAUGGCCCAGUGGCCUGACCAGGAGAAGCUAUAGGCUCUAGUUGUACUAUACUGCGUCGCAUCAUUGUUAAAUGGAUUGAAAAUAUUGAACUCCCUAGCCUUAGGCUGCGUUUACACAGGCAGCCCAAUUAUUGGCAAAAGAUCUGAUCUGAUUGGGUUGCUUGUGUAAACGCAGCCUUAGUAGCCUAUUCUUCAGGUCCUGUACGAACUGACACUGUAAGAUGUUGACCUCUGACCUCUUGUCACCAGGUACUGGGGCGGCGUGGUGCCAGAGAGGUGUAGACAGGUCCACCUGGGGGAGGAGUGGAACUGUUUCUUUGGCUACAGAGUGUUCCCCUCCAUAAAGAGUGAGUGCUAUCAAAGGUUAAGGAAUUCAUUUGUGAAUUUGCACAGAUAUCUGUGUAUAUCUCUGUGUGUCAGUGUGUUCAUUAUGACAGCCUGUUUGUGUGUGUGUGUGUGCAUACAUUACAUCCUGUUCCAACUCCCUCCACGCAGGCCCAGUGUUUGUGGUCCAGUGGUUGUUUGACGAGGCCCAGCUGACUGUCGACAACAUCCAUCUGACCGGUCAGCCCGUCCAGGAGGGGCAGUGGCGCUACAUCCAGAACCUAGGCAUCGAGCUGAGGAACACGCUCAAAGACGUCCCGUAAGCACCCGCAAACUUACAGUAACUCUUACAUUAACUCUUACAGAAAACGUAUAGUAACUCUUACAUUAACUCUUACAACAAACGUACAGUAACUCUUACAGCAAACUUACAGUAACUCUUACAGCAAACUUACAGUUACUCUAACAGCAAACUUAAAUUAAUUGUAAAGAUUGACAGGCAGACAGUGUGUCAAGGUUAUGCUGCCAACUGUGUUCAACAAGUCUCAUGUAUUUGCAUACAUUUUCAGGGCCAUGUUUGCUCCAGCUUGCCUCUCACAUGAAGUCAUCACAAGGAAGUAAGUAUCGCUCUCUCUGUCAUUCAUCUUCCACCUGGGUCAUGUUCAGUUGGGCACGUCGUACAUAAAGGUUUUACAACAGAAAACUGAAAUCUGUGUUGUUACUGGACACAUUUAUCACUCGGUUUUUCAACUUUCUUCACACCUGGGUUGCGUUCAGUAGGGCACACCAUAUACAAAAAACAUUUUGGAACGGAAAAUGGAAAUCUGUGUUGUUAUUGGACAAAUCUAAAUAGUACCUCCCCGUUUCACUGCUUUUUUCCCUACUGAACACCACUCUAAUUAGAGAGAGAAUAUUCUGUGUCAGCUAGCUGCUUAUUCUGUGUGACUCGCCGUGAUCUAACAGUGCCCUCUUGUGGCUGGUCUGUUACAGUUACUGGAUCGACGUUCAGGUCAAAGGCACCUCCCUGCCCCGAGCCCUGCACUGCUGGGACCGCAGUCUCCAAGACAACAGCCGGAACAACAAGGCCCCGCCCAAGGGCUGCCCCGUCCAUUUGAUUGACAGCUGCCCCUGGCCACACUGCAACCCCACCUGCCCCACCAUCCGGGACCAGUUCACGGGCCAGGAGAUGAACGUGAUCCAGUUCCUCAUGCACAUGGGCUUUGAUGUGCAGAAGAUGGCCCAGCAGCAGGGCAUGGACCCCAGCAAGCUACUGGGGAUGCUGAGCAGCGGGAGCUAAGGGAACAGGAGUAAAGUCUUAGUACAGUAGGCUAGACCAGGGGGCUGGGCGCUAUGGGGCCAAAUCCUACAUUUGAGAUCCCCGAAAAUAGGAUAAAAAAACAAAAACUAAAUUUAAAUCUCCCAUUGACAUCAAUGUUUGAUGGGGGAGGGGUUUAGUUUAUUUUGGACUUGUGAAGUAGCCUUUUAAGCAAAAUAUUUGAGUUUUAUGUGGAUCUCAAAGUAGGAUUCGAUGCCAAGUCUGGUCCCAACACCUGAUACCUCCAGCUCUGCCCCCAUGUUCCCUGUCCCCAUCCCAUUCACCUCAGCCCUAACCUCAGUCACACCUAAGGGCUACACUCAGUCUGACCCCUAACCCCUCACCUCCAACCCACCCGACAGCGCCUCUCACAACCCAGUACUGUUAAGAGUACUGGGGCAAACAUGCCACACAGACAAGGCACACCUCUCUGCUACUCUCCUUAAAUUAUAUUUUGGUUGUAAAAGAAAAAGAAAAAUCACGAAUGUAAUCCAGUUUUAAGGAUGCUCAUUGUUUAGUUGUUGUUGGCUCUGUUCAUUUUGUUUUUUACCUUAACUUUUAUCCUGUGUUUAUAGUUUUUAAUUGUGUAAUUGUUUUAAAAAGGCAGCAAUGACUUAAGGAAGUUGUCUUUAUAAAGGAGUCUAUAUAGAGUAUAUGAAGUAAACACAAUGUUAAUGUCUGUCUAACUGUGGGUCUGUGGGUCUUUUCUACCACAGUAUUUCUUCCUCAAGUCAAGAACAGGCACACACACAUUAAAGGUGUGGAAAGCACUGGACAAGUAGUCCUUCUCUAAGGAGGCAGUGGCUGCUUCCCAAAUGCCACCUUAUUCCAUAUAUAGUGCACUACUU